AUGCCUCCAAUUUGUACCAAUAUUUUUCGUCCAAUGCUGCGUCCUCUUUGCCGUUAUGCGCACUUGAAUGGAACUCCGGGAAUUUACAAUACUGUUCCGAAUUGGAAGCCUGGACCGGGUUGGCGCCCACAGAGUCCACAAGGACCUUAUCUUGAUGGCUGGGCUAUGGGGUAUUGGCAUUAUACUCGACCACACAAUCUUCCAUUACUUUUUGCUAAAGCGGCAGUCUACCUUGCUUCUGCAUUUUGGCUUCCAUUUUUCGUUGUGGAAUAUCAAUUGAAGAAGUCAAAGGCAGGAAGUUGA